ACAUGGGACUGUGCCAUUCAUAAGAGACCUAUUUAUUACAGACAAGAGGCUGGGACCAAUAGUAUCAAAUACCUCUUUCAAAAGACGAGAGGGGUACAAUAUCUGAAGAUGAAUAGGAGAAAUCAGAGUGAUCGGCUGCCUCAGUCAGGGCCUGUCAGAAUGAACCAGGUGAAGACAGAAGAGAAAUAUCAGCUGGGUGCAUCUGUGCCCUGCAUUCAAAGACCUGUUUACCUGCAGACCAGCCUCCAGAGCCAGUACUGUGGGGUUUUUCAAGGAGCUCCUUUCAGGUCCGUGGCUGAGACGACACAGAACCUGUCGAUGACCAUGACCAGCACACAAACACCACAGCUUCGAUCAAGCACCCUUCAAUAUUACAGCGAGGAAAACUAUUGUAUGCCCCCACUGUCAGUCGGAUUUCCUCAUAGAGGUCCCGUCAGGUUCCCACCUGGUGGGACACACAACCUGCCCUCUUCGGCCAUGAGCUGCACACAAACACCACAGCUUCUACCAAGAACCCUUAGGCACGACAUGAAGACACUGGAUGGCCCACAGAAGAAUGAUAAGCCAGCAUUGUCAGGAACCUCAGGUGACAUGACAGCCUGCCAGCUGUGCAACACCAGCUCGAGCCUCCCACAGGGGGUGGCCAAUACAUCCAUGGGGUCGGCAGGGGCCAGCGCUCAUAGCGACCUGAAACCUGGAAAAGGCAAUUUACAAAAGAGGGAGCUUCGCUUGAUGAAGAACAGGGAAGCCGCCCGGGAGUGUCGACGAAAGAAGAAGGAAUAUGUCAAAUGCCUCGAAAACCGCGUGGCUCUACUCGAAAAUCAAAACAAGACUUUGAUUGAGGAGCUUAGAGCCUUAAAAGACAUCUACCGACACAAAGUCGAGUGAUUUCUUUGAUUGUGUGGACUGUGUUCUGCUUCUGUGGGGUGUCUUGAGGACUUUGGUUUUGCUUAUACAGACACACACACAUACACACACACAUACACACACACACACACACACACACACACACACACACACACACACAUAAAACACUCCUUGUCCUUGCUGUAAAAUGUGUUUACACCAUGAUGUCAAUGUUUCUGGCUCUGAUUAUCCAAAGCGCCACCACCAGCAAAAACAAGAACCUUGUUUCAGGUCAGGUUUUUUUAUUAUCAGUGAGUAUUACGAGGAGCUUAUGUCCCUUUGAACAGGGAUAGUGCCAGAAAAUACAGGAAGAAAAAGAAGGACCAUAUGGACGAACUGCAGACUCGCAACAUCUUACUGGAAAAAGAGAAUGAGAUGCUGAAGGCCGAGCUGCAGUGCUUGAGGCCACUCUGCCUAUAUCUGGCACCAAGACCUUAACUGCACUGCAUUUAACAUUCCUUUAUGAUCCUUUUCAUCAUUUGGCUAUAUUAAAAUAUAUAAAUUGAUAGUGUUUGUGGUGGUCUGUUUGUUUCUAUGGUUUGUUCAUGCUGUAUGCUGACAGAAGCCAAAUGUUCAAAGGGAAUCGGCUCAUCAGGGCUUAGCGAUGUUUGUGUUUUUAUGUUAUUCCACUUCAGAAAUCCUGAUGCAAGCAUACUAUCACUGCAUUUAUCACCCAUCCUCUUUUGCAUUCAAUGUAGAGACCCACCAGGAUGUGUAGUGCAUCUGUAUGAGGACUUAUCUGCUUCUAACCUGUGGCGUUAAUAUUUAUGUGGGCAGAUUUACCCUGUAGUUUUCAUAGUUUGCAUUGUUUGUACCAAUAAAAAGGGAAAACAAUUAUGACAACAAAUACACGCGUUUGUGGAACUGUAUUAACUUACUGUUUUAACUACAGUUUUUUGCUUCGUCUCAGUAUACAUGGCUGGAAUUAGAACUUUUUAACAAUCUUCUCUGUUGGUGCGUUAUUUCUCCUCCGUAAGUUAACACCUUAGCUGGUGUCUUGUUAUGAUCACACCUUAAUUACAUUUUUGUAUGCAUUUGCUUUAAUAAAUUCCUUGCUCAGUC